GACCGGGUACAAAAUGCUUACAAUCUUAUACAAAAAGUUUGAAUUUGGCGCUAAAUUGAGAAAAUUUUAGACAACAGUACAGCAAUUUUAAUCUCAACGAAGAAGAAAAUAUUUGUAGCUAAGAAGGAAAAGAAAAACCCAUUGAAAUUUUAGUAAUGAAAUCGAAGCAAACUCCUUUCAGAGUAGUUGGCCAACGCUCUAUCGUUUCUUCAUUCCUCACCCCAUCUUCUUCCAAUCCGGUUCCAAAAGAAGAUUCGGAGAAAGGGUCGAGCAUUUCGCUCUCGGACUUCCUCCAACGGAAGCUCAACGACGAUUCUGGACUCCCCAGGACGGUCAAAGGCAAAGCUAAGCCUUUUUCGUCUUUGUUGGGACUCAAAGAUGGGUCUCUUGAUGAAAAAAUUGGGGCUCCGAAUGUUGUUGAGAAAGUGGUUCUUGAACAAUUCAAGCAUAUAGAAACUGUGAACAAAGAAGAUUUGGUUGGUUCAAGUAGUAAUGGCUCCAAUGGCGAAGUUGAAAACAUAGCCGCUGUGCCAGAAUCAAGAAAGAGGAAAAGCUUUGAAGGCAGGAAUGAGAAGCAAAUUACUCGAAGACAUGUGGUAGUUCUUGGUGGAAAUCCAAAACCCAAGCAACAAAGAAGGGACAAGUAUAUUAGGAACGAGAAUCAAGUUCCUACUUACAACCACUAUGCAAAUGGUGGUGGCUGGUGGGACUCCAACAUGGAGGGGGUUGACAAUGAAGAAGUUGGCUUUAGCGAGGUAUGGGAAGGAGUGGGUUCGACAACUUUUGGAGGGUGUCUAGACUGGCAUUGACCUUCAAUAC